GUGGCGGAGGCUGGAGAGGGGCCGCGGGAUGCAGCGACCCGGGCCCUUCAGCACCCUCUACGGGCGGGUCCUAGCCCCGCUGCCCGGGCGGGCCGGGGGCGCGGCCUCUGGCGGAGGCGGGAACAGCUGGGGCGUUACGGGUUCCCACGUGCAGUUGCCGGGACGCGCGCAGUUCGGCGCUGGCAGCGCAAGUACAGCUGGCGGGGACGCUAACAGCGUCUGCCCGGCCCCCUCCACGAUGUCCAAGGCCGAGGAGGCCAAGAAGCUGGCGGGCCGCGCGGCCGUGGAGAACCACGUGAGGAAUAACCAAGUGCUGGGAAUUGGGAGUGGUUCUACAAUUGUCCACGCUGUGCAGCGAAUAGCUGAAAGAGUGAAACAAGAGAAUCUGAACCUCGUCUGUAUUCCCACUUCCUUCCAGGCCCGUCAGCUCAUCCUGCAGUAUGGCUUAACUCUCAGUGACCUGGACCGACACCCAGAGAUUGACCUUGCCAUCGAUGGUGCUGAUGAAGUAGAUGCUGAUCUCAAUCUCAUCAAGGGCGGUGGAGGCUGCCUGACCCAGGAGAAAAUUGUGGCUGGCUAUGCCAGUCGCUUCAUCGUGAUUGCCGAUUUCAGGAAAGAUUCAAAGAACCUCGGGGAUCAGUGGCACAAGGGCAUCCCCAUCGAGGUCAUCCCGAUGGCCUAUGUCCCAGUGAGCCGAGCUGUGACCCAGAAGUUUGGGGGUGUAAUUGAACUUCGAAUGGCUGUCAACAAGGCAAGCCAAGAGGACUUCCCUGGUGGCACAGUGGUUAAGAAUCUGCCUGCCAAUGCAGGGGUCACGGGUUUGAUCCCUGGUCCGGGAAGCAUGCCAGAGCAACUAACACGCCACGGAGCAACUAAACCCGUUCACCACAACUUCUGAGCCUGCGCUCCAGAGCCCGCGAGCCACAACUACUGAGCCCACACGCCACAACUACUGAAGCCCGCGUGCCUAGAGCCUGUGAUCCAUGAGAGAAGCCACUGCAACGAGAAGCCACCGCAAUGAGAAGCACGCGCACCGCAACGAAGAGUAGCCCCAGCUUGCCGCAACUAGAGAAAGCCCGUGCACAGCAACAAGAACCCAACGCAGCCAAAAAUAAAAUAAAUAAAUUUAUUAAAGAAAAAGAGCCAAGAGAUCAAACAUAAUAAACUAAGCAUUAAACUCAAGAAGCUAGCCACAGAACAAGAUGAACCAAAAGAAGGUAGGACAUAAUUAGUAAAAAUAAAACCAGAAGCUCAUAAAAAACAAAGCUAUUUUGGUGAAUAAAACCAAGAGAUAUUUAUUUGAAAAUGAGCAAUAAAAUAGACAAAUUUCUAGACAGUGUGACCAAGGAAAAAGAGAAAAACACAUAUAGACAUUGAGAAUGAGAGAUUAUAGCAUACGAAAAAGCUUUUAAGAAUUAAAGCACAUGCUGCCUGGAUUUCCCCCAAUCUCCCAGCCUUCUGGGGCCAUCCUCACUAUUAUUUUUUUCCAUUUCCUUUUUUGGUAGUGAUUUGGGGGUAACCUCACUAUUGAGAUAUAAUUUAUAUGCCAUACAAUCCACCCAUUUAAAGUACACAGCUCAGUGUUUUUUAGUAUAUUCACCAUAUCACACUACAAAUGCAACUAUCAUCAUAAUUUGGGAAUAUUUUCAUCACCUUGAAAAAGAAACCCCGUUCUCCUUCUCUAUCACCUCUUAGUAUUCUCAUCCUUCCCACUGCUGGCAACUGCUAAUCUACUUCCGGUUUCUCUAUAUUUUCUCAUUCUGAACGUUCCAUAAAAGUAGAAUCAUAAUAUGUGGUCUUUUGUGUUUGGCUUCCUUCACUUAGCCUAAUGUUUUCAAGGUUCAUCUCUGCUGUAGCAUGAAUAAUAUCCCACUGCAUGGAUAUACCACAUUUUGUUUAUUCAUUAAUCAGUUAAUUCACCCUUUUUUGUUAUUCAAAUAAAACUGCCAGGGCCUCCCUGUGACAUGUUGGUGAAGGCUGCACCUUUUCA